CCUGUGUGUAUGUGUGUGUUAUGUUGUGGCGCGGCGGUACUCCGUACUUAAGGCGAUCUAGCGGACUUAAGGGGGACCCGACAACUUUCCCGACACUGCCUACGUUACGUCAACUUCAUGUCAUCUUAACCACCUCAAAAGGAUCAUUUGUGGCCGGUGUGACAUUCCACACAAACAUGUAGCUACAGGCAGACGGCAGGCGAGCUAGGGCGGCGUCAGGAACACAGCAUGGCUGCCACGACUGGCUCCAACGUGCAGCAGAAAAUAGCAGAAGUUCUGGAGGGUAUGACCUUCCCAGCUUAUAUGAACAAUGCAGAGAACACAAAGAUAAGUACCCCAGUACUAACAGACAUUGACUCAGUGAGACAGUGGCUGGAGGACCUGAGGUGGAUGACAGAGACAGAGUGUAUGACAGUGUUACAGGGCAAGUCUAUCCAGGCAGAGGAUGGGGACAGUCUACCUUCUCCUGUCAGGAAUACCAAAGAACACAUAAAGAUGGUGAGAAAAAGGGCUCAUAUCAUCACAGCAGAGUGUGCCAAAUUGUUUCAUAAACUUGACAAAGAGAGGUGGAAGAAAGUUCACAGCAACGCCUUAAGAAUUACGUGCACAAUCCGGUCACUCCUACAUGACAUCAGCGCUCACAGCCCAAACCUGGCCAUAGACGUGUUCCAGCAACAACAAGUGGUCAUGGAGGAGUGUGCACAACUCAUUAAACAUGUGGAAAGUAUUGGAGAGAUCAAUGGAGAAAAGCCCCAGAAGCUGCCCAUGGUCCACUCCCUCACGUGCCUGGGUCAGGCUUUCACACGGCUUAUAGACAAGGUCCUGGCUCAUGAAGUUAGGAUCAUAGUUGAGGGUGUGGCAGACUCUCCCAGUGCCUACUGCAUCAAGGCCUCCAUCACCAGUCUGGUGGGCGUGGCUCAGGGAGAACCUCAGAUGUGCCACCUCAUAGUCAAGGAGGGUGGUGUUCGAGCCCUGUUCACCAUCUGUAGACAAGACACUGCCAACUUUGUCAAGUCCCAGGCUCUGAGAGCUGUGGCCACAUUAUGUUCUGUACCUGAAGCCAUAGCUGAAGUAGAGAAGGUUGACGGUGUGGGGUGCUUGACGGACAUCCUGUGUGACCCGCUGACCACAGAGGCGACGAGGACAGAGGUGGCCGGAGUGGUGGCACAGAUCACAUCCCCCAUGCUGGACCACUACAGACAUGUGUCUGGAUUUAUAGAGAACAUGGAGGACCUCCUCAGGGGACUUAUAGGACUGUGUGAGACAGCCAGUUCUCCCGAGGUGUUUCUCCUGGGCUCAGCAGCCAUCGCUAACAUCACGUUCCUGGACUCCAUGGCAUCAGAGUUCCUGGCCAGGUACCAGGUUGCUCGGGUUCUCGUAACCUCCUCAGUACGUCUUAAAGUGUCCUCCAUCUUCAUCAAGGAUCAGUUGUGUACAGUGUUAGCCAACGUUGCUAUGUUGGAGCAGUGUCGGGAGGAUAUCAUACAGUGCAAUGGGGUGGCUGUGUUGGUCGGGUUCUUACACGAGAAGCCGCCGUACAACAAGCAGACAGAACGGGUGGCCUGCGAACGGGUCCAGCAGAAGUCAGCCAUCGCGCUGGCCAGACUGUGUAAGGACGUCAUCACCGCAGGAGUGGUCAAGCAACUAAAAGGCUUACAGAGACUAGUGGAACUAUGCAGAAAGCCAAAGGAGAGAAACUACAGUGAUUCAGUCCUAGUUGCUUGCCUGGCCACCCUCCGUAAGCUGGCUAGUGUCUGUGGUGAGGAUGAGUUUUCCCAGGAAGACCUCAUCCAGCUGGUCCAACCACGACUCAUCGACUCCUACCUCAUCUGUUCAUCUCUACAGGAGAGUUUUGUAUAACAGAAACUCAACUUUACUGUAGUAACCAACCUCAAACAAAGUUAAAAAGCCAACCAAGACCCUGUUCACACUAAGAAAUGAUUCGGAUUGAUCAUUGAGUCGUUAAAAAAUCAGCAAAAUGGUUCAUUUUUGCAGUGUGGAUGUUCCCUUUUGUCCGAAAUGAUUAAAAAGUAAACCACCUCCAGAGGUAGUUCAACAUAUUUGCGGUGGACUGGAUUCGACCAAACUGCGAAUGUGAAUGCAAAAUGUCUUGGCUUCCGACUUGCUUCGGUAGCAUGACACGAUGUGCAACAAACACCAUUCCUUAAUCCUUUCGAGUGCGGGCGCAAUUUGGAUCAGCAAAGUGAACGCAUUUGUCAAUUCGGAUAGAUAAUUUCUGAAAUGAUUCGAUGAUCAAUCAGAAUAAUUUUUUGUCAGUGUGAAUGGGGUCUUACAUGCAGUGCCUUUGUUAUGUCAAGUGGCCGAGUGGCUGGGCUAAUGAACAUGAGAUCAAGAGGUUGUGGGUUCGAUCCCCGGCAUUCCUGGCUGAAUGUUGUAUAGCAGAAACUCCACUGUAGUUACCAACCUCAAACAAAGUUUAAAAAGCCAACUUGCAGUGCCUUUGGCAAUGUGACCUCAAGUAGCCAAGUGGCAAGGCCAGUGAACACAACAUCGAGAGGUUGUGGGUUCGAUCCCUGGCAUUCCUAAGGGCUGACAUCAAAUGAAGUUUGAAGCUAACUUAAUUUAUAGUGCCUUUCUUUAUAUUAUACUUUUAUAUUAAGAUUUUACCAAAAUCACAUUUGGAAAGCCUAGUUACAUUACAUGUAUGGUACAACAUGCUACAAUGUAUUUAUAGGAGGCUUUUUAACUACCUCACUUAACACUCAAUUUGUUGCAUUGCGUAGUGUAAUAAUAUUUCACUCACAAAAUCAAAUCAGUGUUUCACAUACAUGUAUAUAUAGUAUAUAUAGCCUUUGUAGCUUCUCAAAAUCAUGAUUAAAAUUUUUAGAUCCAAUUUGAGGUCUCUUAAGCCUAAAUCUUAUUCAGAAAUGCAAAAUCAGGGUACUAACAUUUAAAAUCACAGACUUCAGACUCAUACAGAAUCUUUCACAGACUGAAAUUCUCAAACUUUUACUCACAGUCAUUUAAAUGGCAGUUGUACUUAGAUAUAAAUUGUCAUUGCCAAUAUCUAUAUAUUAGUCCUUUAAAUUUGUGGAAGUAGAUUUAAUGAACAAAGAUGAAGUUAUGUUGUCAACCAGAACCCUUGAAAAUGUAUGUAGUUGUAUGAUAAUUUGUAUUCCAUGUACUUGCCUUGUCAACAGUGCAUGUUGUAUACAUAUAGUUUCAUCAAGGUGUGAAUCAAUUUAACAUUAUAUAGUUUUUAUAUAACCUUAUUUUACCAAAGAAAGGCAAAUGUAAGGCACUGUUAGGCACAUGUAAAAUAUGGCACUUUCAGGUCAAAAUUGGUAACUUUUGCAAAACAAAUUUGUCUUAUUCCUAAGACGUGUUGACACCUUGUACACUAACUGUAAUAUUACUAUCAAUACAAAUAUUUAAAAAAAAUUUACGAUCUCAGAUUUCAUAACUG